AUGUCAGAAAGCGGAGAUGAAUGGGGAUUGGACCUGGAGGAGCUACAAAAAGUGUGCUAUGAGGCUGAAAAGGCAUUUGCAUUGAAGAAAGAAAAUGAGAGGCUAGAGAUGGAGGAGAGGCUAAGAAAUGGAAGGCAAAUCAACGAUCAAAAUUCAAAAACACCAGUCACAGCAACCACAACCGUAGAAAAUGUCGCUAGCUCAUCAAGGACUCCAGCAGCGGUUGGGCACGAGCGGAGAGUUGUAAGGGCACCAGCACAACUCAGGUCACCAUACAUAUGCCUGGAGAACACGGAUCCAUUUUACUGCUCAAAGCAAGUUCGCGACAUCUACAAUGCUGUGUGCCAGUAUAGUGUGACCCACACAAGGCAAGCCGACAAUAGCAAGCCUAUCAAAAACUAUGACACGCUCUACAUCAGCUGCAAUGAACUUGCACAAUCAAUGGCACCUGGACAGAAGAUGGACAGCAUGCUGGCCGAGAUGGCAAUCAUUGCAUUGAGGGAAGCAGGGUUGAGGCCAAAGAAGAGAUUAAUGCCACUACGAGUAGCUACAUUCUUCCCGAACAAUAGUUUCACAAGGAACGACAUAGACAAACAUUUUGACAACAAAACCAGGAGGCUAAGCAGAUGUGAAUCAAUUCUGGACAAGGAGAAUCCAAAGGAGACAGGGCAUUAUUGGCUAAUGGUGCUGAACAUCAGGGACAAGUGA